AUGGUGCUGUUUUUCACGUCGACAGCGUACAAGGAGCCUGUGAAGAUUUUCAUGGGCCGCGACAAGGUUGAAAACGAAGAUUUACUGGCGCAUGGCUUUCCAGAGGAUGUAUGGUUUCACGUCGACAAGUUUUCUUCAGCACAUGUGUAUCUCCGCAUGCCUGAGGGGAUGGAGUGGACAUCGAUUCCAGAAGGGAUCUUGGAAGACUGUUCGCAACUGGUCAAAGCCAACUCCAUCGAAGGUAACAAGAAAAACAAUAUCACGAUUAUCUAUACGCCGCAUGCCAAUGUCAAAAAGACAGGAGACAUGGCUGUGGGCACUGUGAUGUUCCAUAAUGACAGGCUCGUCAAGCGCUUCCAUGUCAAGGAACGCAAGAAUGAGAUUGUCAACCGACUCAACAAGACAAAAGAGGUGCGGGCCGUGGACUUUGAAGCAGAGCGUCAGGAGCGUGAGCGAGCGGUAGGACGCAAGAAGAAAGAGCAUGCACUGCAGCAGCAAAAGGAGACGCUGGAAGCCAAACGCAUGUACAAAGAACAGGCCGAGGCGAGAGAUUACUCAAAAUUGUUUUCCGAAGAGGCCAUUGCAGAAGAGCAGCGCGCCAAAGAACGCCGUGCCCGUAUUCGCGCCGCGCAAAAGACGCAAGGAGAGGCAGACGAGGCGUAUGAGAGUGACGACUCGUUCAUGUAG